AUGCUCGAGCAGGUCCUGCGGGAGUCGGAGUGCAAGGUCUGCAUCGUGGACGUGAGCAUGGACAUAGCCGAUGAGGCGACUCGCAUCUUCAUCGGCAUCCGGCAGCUGAUCGAGCGGAACGAGAAAGAGUUCGCUGACGUGAAGUUCAUGGGGCUGAUGUCCGGCCACGGCCAGGAGAAGAUCACAGGCAAGCAGCUGGAUACGGAGGUCCUACAAAAGCUUGUGCUUUGGAGCUGGCAGGAAGAGGAGGUCGCAAAUCUACUUACAAGGAUGAGCAAGAAAGAAGGUCCGGAGCUUCCGUCUGAUGACGUCUACAAGGUCGCCACUCUAUGUACAAAGCUGAAAGAUCCAGGUUCGGAGCCUCCAUCUGAUGACGUCUACAAGGUGUGUGGAGGAUCUGUGCAGUAUCUCUUCCGACCCGAAGAAGACGAGAACAGAAUUAGAGAAGCCGUGAAAGGGCUCUCCCAAGAUGAGAUGAAGAAGUUGCUUGCCCUGGAGAUGACCUUAGACGACCAGCAGGGGAAGAACCGCAGCAGACUUCUCUCGUUCAUUCCCCGCGGCAAGGUUUCCAAUGCAGAGGAUAAGAGCUUCGCAGAUGGCAUCGUGUCAGUGCAGGCGGUGCCCCGCUCCGACUUCGUUAUCAAGUGCAUCAAGGAGAACAA